UGGAUGCGGACUAAAUUUCCGAUUAGCAGAAUGGCAUUUUCCCCCUUCUUGUCCUCCACCCAGCAUGUAUUCCACCAAUCUUAAUGAAAUCUGAGGGAUAAAAAAUCCUGAGGAAUGACGGGGGGGGGGAGGGGGGAGAUCUGCAGCAGUAAGAGAGAAUCAGUGGAAAUGGCCAGUUUAGUCUGGAUCCAGACUCUAGAAAAACAUUGCCUGCCCUAAAGGUUGCAUGAUUGUUUCCACUUCUAAGAUCCAAGGAGAAGCUGAAGCUACAAGAAUAGCCCUCUAUGAAGGUAUUUGUAAGUUGUGUGAAUGUUUUCUGCUCAUUGUUUGUUCCUAAAAGUGCCUCUUCCUUCCAGGUUUGUGGCCUGUUGUUGUACCUUUAUCAGUCUUGCAUAGAUUUCUUCCAUCAGCCAUGAUAAAAGACAAAGAAGCAUUCCAGAGACUCAGUUUCCUUUACCAGGCAGCACAUUGUGUCUUGGCACAAAACCCUGAAAACCAGGAGUUGGCUCGCUUCUAUUGCCAUACACAGAACAGCAUCAGCCGACGGCUUGUCUUACGGCAGGACCCCUCUGUGAAACGAACCAUCUGUAAAUCCUGCUUCUCCCUUCUUGUCCCUGGAGUCAACUCAACCGUACGCCAGAGAAGGCGCCGUAAUCAGCGGUGGACUGUUGUGAGGUGUCUCACCUGUGGCUUAACCAAGCGGUUCCUCAGCAACCCUGACUAUAAGCUGUGGUCGGAGCAGCCUGAGGCAUUACUGGAGAACCAGACUCUUGCCAGUGAAGGAACAAAAGGCCAAACGCCCAGCCCAAUGCAGCCGUCUCUCAAAGCUUCUGCCACAGAGAAGGCGGCAGGCCUGACUGCCAAACCUCGUGGUCAUCCUGCCUCCGAAGAGGCUGCAGUUGGCACUGAAUCAAGAGAGAAGGGCCCAAGUGGAAAGUGACCCCUUUCCUUAAGAAUGAACCUUUCCUGCACCAUUGUGGGAAAUUUGUUUGGUAGAGCUGAAGAAAGAGCUGAAGAAAGCCAGUGUGCUAACAAGAUUAUUUGAAAGGAAUUGUGGAGUAAAGCAAGCAAAAACUUGGUAAACCACUUGCAGGAGCUGAAUGGGUCGGACAUGAUGGACUUGAAAAUAAAGGUACCUUUUAUACUGGCCCCUUAAGGUAACUAGUUUUUAGGCAGAAGGAAGCGAAGUUCCUCCUGCCCUUCCCUCAAAGAGGCCUGAUGACAAGUCAUCUCUCAUCUCCCAAGUCCCCACUGCCUAUGUUCUUCUCCCCCACCCCAAACACCUUUCCCACAGCUCCAAAUCACUCUUAUUGCCCCAUACAUUCCGCUUGUUUUACCUGAGUUGGACAUCCCUGACUGUUGGGUUUUUACCUGGCUUGUACUGGUUGCUGGCUUCAAUUAUUGAGCAGAUGUGCCUGCAAGAGUCCCAGAUUUGAGGGGAAAGAUGAAUGAACUUGCUUUUGGACUUGCAUUGAGGCAUCAUUCCACUCCAGUCCUCAUUUUUAUGUGGGGAAAGUUAGCAGUGAACAAAUCUGAAAUAAAAUCUUGUUUCAGAAA